AAAUGCUGAUCCCAUUUCGCUCUCUUCUUUCCGAGCUCUCAAGACCCCGUCAAACCCUUUUAAGAACCCAAAUUUUGCAUGCUUUUAUAAUCAAGACCCACAUCUCAAAAGACCCAUUUUAUGCAACAAGGCUUGUGAGAUUAUAUGCCAUAAAUAACGACCUGAGUUCAGCCCAACAACUGUUUGAUGAAACUCCCCAAAGAAGCAUUUUCCUGUGGAACUCCAUUAUUCGAGCUUAUGCUAAAACCCACUUGUUUUCAGACGCAUUUGCGUUGUUCAAGCGUAUGCUUAGUUUGGAAACUAGCCCUGAUAAUUUCACCUUUGCGUGUAUUCUGCGGGCGUGUUCUGAAAAAGCUGAUAUAAAUGGAUUGGAGAUUGUGCAUGGUCUAGGUGUUGUUUUAGGCUUUGGAUUGGACUCAGUUUGUUGUAGUGCACUUGUCAGUGCUUAUUCGAAAUUAGGUCAUCUUGAUAAAGCAAGUAGAGUGUUCUAUGGGAUUCUUGAGCCAGAUUUAGUGUUGUGGAACUCGAUGAUCUCGGGAUAUGGAUGUUGUGGGAGUUGGGAGAAAGGGAUGGAAUUGUUCAGGAAGAUGAGAGAAUUGGGGAAAUGCCCCGAUAGCUAUACGGUCGUUGGGUUGAGCAUCGGUUUAACAGAUCCUACUCUGCUAAGAAUUGGAGAAUCAGUUCAUGGUUUUUGUGUCAAAUGUAAUUUUGGUUGGAUUGGUCAUGUGAAUAGUGUACUUGUGAAUAUGUAUUCUAGGUUGAAGUGUAUGGACUCGGCGUAUAAACUUUUUAAUAGUUUGUUACAACCUGACUUAGUUACAUGGUCUGCCCUGAUAACGGGUUUUUCUCAGGCAGAACAGCAUAAUUUGGCCUUGGAUUUUUUCAGGAAAAUGAACAUGGAAGGCAGAAAGCCUGAUCAUGUAUUGAUUUCUAGUGCAUUGGCAGCUGCUGCUCAGAUUGCAAUUGUAGGGCCUGGGUGUGAGUUACAUGGUUAUGCUAUUCGACAUGGAUGUCAUUCAGAGGUCACGGUGUCAUCUGCUCUAAUUGACAUGUAUGCAAAGUGUGGAUAUUUGGGGUUGGGGAUGAAGCUUUUCAAGUCUAUGCCUAAAAAGAAUAUAGUUUCAUACAACUCAAUAAUCGCCUGUCUUGGCUUGUAUGGAUUUGCAGCUGAGGCCUUUCAAAUUUUUGAGGAGGUACUUUCAGAAGGCAUCAGGCCAGAUGAAUCUACAUUUGCUGCUCUACUUGGUGCAUGCUGUCAUUCUGGCCUCGUUGAUGCUGGUAGAGAAUAUUUCAGAAGAAUGAAAGAUGAAUUUGGCAUUUUGCCUAAGAAUGAGCAUUAUGUUCACAUGGUCAAGCUUAUUGGAAUGGCUGGAGAACUAACAGAGGCUUUUGAACUUGUCCAAUCACUACAACAGCCGGCUGACUCCAGCAUUUGGGGUGCACUUCUGUCAUGCUGUAAUGUUCAUGAGAAUUAUGAAUUGGCGGAGGUGGUUGCUGAGAAUCUCUUUAAAAGUAAGCAAACAAAAAACAGUUACAAGGUUAUGCUCUCUAACAUCUAUGCUAGUGAUGGAAGAUGGGAUGAUGUCCAAAAAUUGAGGUUUGAUGCAGAAGACCUUAAAGGGAAAAUUCCUGGGAUUGCUGGAUUGAUAGUGUGAAAUUAGUGAAGUGUGAAACAGGUGCAUGAUUCAGUGCAUCACGGCAUCUUGGUUGAACCCUCUUCCAUAAAUUAGUAGCCAAGCAACUGGAUCUGCAUAGCUGACAAACAUUUUAGGUUUUAUUUUCUCUGAUGAUCAAGUCUAAGCUGCCAGCUAAUUGGGAUAUGGUAAGAGCCAGCAAGUUGUUGCGCUGAAAAAGACACUGAUCACUCCCUUGACUCUUAAUACCAGGCAGAAUUUCAGUAUGCAUAGUUACAAGGAUCAAUAGCUAUUACAUCUAAUCUCCAUCUUCCCAGGAUAACUAAACGUCGACGGAGCUUCAAGUUACUAAUGACUGGAUAAGUCCAGGAAGGUGUUGAACAGCUAUGUCCUCAAAGACAGUCCAAGGCGAUUUAUAAGGUGGCUUCUUCUUGUAAUAGGAGGAGGAUUCAGUACGGCCCUGUUGGAAUGCCCAACGAACCACAUUUUAAAGAUGUCUACAGGACUUAAGAAUAAGUUCUUGAGGAUUGGAAGAAUUUGGUGGAAGAUGUAACAAAGAAAUUAGGGGGAUAGGAAUUAAUCUUGUCUGUUAUCUAAAUUGGGACAUGGUGUCUUAUAAGUGUAGGUGCCAGUCAAAUGGGAGUUGCAAAAGUAAAUUGUAGCUGGAAAUUGUAGAUCCCCAGUUAUUUGUACUAUUGUUUUCCUUGUUUUAGAUUGAGAGUGGCUCUAGAAGAUAGGGAGGAGCAGCAUUUUGAGAGAAGCAUAGAAGCUAGAGAGGUGCAUCGUUAUGUAAUCUGAAA